GUAGAGUAUUGGAUUUCUUUACUGGACCCUCUUUAGGAGAAUCUAAUACUAUUCAGCCCAUGGCAGCCGAUCCUAUUAAUCGUCAAUGCACUUAUUUACGUUGCCAAGACCAAACGCCAAACACCAUGUCAUCCCCACAGACUCUUCCUCCUCCGGUUGCUUGGGCACAGAGGAAAAACCUGGUGUUCCUCACAAUCUGUUUGGAGGACUGCCAGAGUCCUACCAUCAACAUAGAAGAAAACAAAUUAUUUUUCAAAGGCACUGGUGGCACAGAAAAGAAAGAUUAUGAAUAUACUUAUGAGUUCUAUAAGGAAAUUGACCCUGAAAAAAGCCGUAGCUUUGUCCGUGACCGUAACAUAGAAUUAGUAUUGGUAAAGAAAGAAGAUGGACCUUUCUGGCCACAUCUUCUUAAACAGAAAAUGAAACAGCACUGGCUUAAGGUAGACUUCAGCAGGUGGAAGGAUGAAGAUGAUAGUGAUGAUGAAGGAGAAGGUCAGAACCAAGACCUGGAAGAGGUGAUGCGUCAAAUGGGUGGUUUGGGUGGAGACAGCCGACCAUCUUUGGAUGAUCUUGAAGAUGAAGACUCGGAUGAUGAAGACCUACCUGACUUGGAGUAAUUGCAUCUUGAGCCUGCAGAAGCCUUGGCGGACCAUGCGUUCAUGGGGGGCAAGAAAGCUACAACAAACUCAGAGUUGGCUGGGCUGUAGCUCCCUAAAUCGAGUGCGUGCAAAUUCCAUGGUGACCUGCUGAGGGACAAUGUUGAUAUGUAACUAUCUUGUGGGGCUUUGUGCACGUGAGAGACUUGUGUCAGUAUCUGCCUACCCCCAUGUGAAAGGUCAAAGGUCGCAGUGCUAAUGGACUAAUGGCUUUAUACCUUUCCAAUACAAGGAGAUAAACAUACCAAACCCCUUCUUCAGUAAUACAUAAGUUUAACAAAUAUGAACCAAGCUUGCAACCAAACAUCCUUUACAGCUUUUAUAGAAAAAAAAUGCCAAAUUCUAAUUCUCAUCUGGCAGUUGAGAAAAUGUUAAAUUUCUAUCUAAUGGCAUACAAGGGUUUUUUGCUUGGAAUCCUUGAUGCCAGUGUGUGUUGGUGGUACUUAGAAUAAACUAUUUCGAUUAAUAAGAUGGGUGGGGUAAGUAGAUGGUCUUAAUGUUCAUAAUGAGGGAUGUAAUUUUCAUAUGGAAGUGUUAGUACUUGUACUUUCCUUGAGAGGAUUGUUCAUUAUUUUCCUUUUAAUUACAGACCAAUCAGCCAGUAUAUGUUAAACCAAAGGAUGGAGCUUUUAUAAGUUUGUAGUAAUAGUCCAAUGAGCGUAAAAAAAAUGUCGAGUUAUGAGGGUUAAUUAUGUAUACAAGGUGUAGUUGUUAUUAAAAGAGUACCUGUAUGUAAUAUAAUAUUAGUUUGAGUUGGUUUCAUACAUUUUGUAACAUGAAUGUGUGUCCAUAUGUGAGAAGGUGAUCUUGAUACGUGUGUUUGUGAAGGGAAAAAGGAUUGUUAAGGAAUUGUUACCCCUUAAUACUAGCCGCAUACAGAUGUCUGCUGAGGCGCAACUUCCUAGGACGGCCGCAGAUGUUGAUAAGGAAACAAUGUCAUAGACCAUCUAUUUGCCUUAGUGUCAACACAAAGGUUUCUUACAAAUACCAUAUCAUCAUAGAAACUUUUGAAAUCAAACAAUGUCUUCAGCAUUGAUGGAUUUUUUUAACACCCAGAUCACCUUUUUACUGUUAACAGAACACCCACAUACCUAAAAUUUAACUUCCAAUACACAAAUCACAAGA